AUGCCUUCAUCCAGGAUUUCCAAUAAUUGGUCACUGUCAGAGGUUCUGGGCCAACGAAGGCGUCUUUUAGGGCUUGGCGCUCUGCUGGCCUGGUUGGUCCUCUUCCAUCUCCUCGUCAACGUUUGGCUUCUCUGCGUUUUCACUAGUCUCCUGGUUGCUUUAGGAGGUUGGCUCGGAUCGCGAGCCAUUCUGGACGCCAACAGCCUUCUCCACUUGGAGCAUUUUUUGCCACUCGGCGGGGCGACGCCGCCUCAGUGUUCGGCCGAACACGAGUGGAGGCUCAAUCAUGAGAUCCACUGUGCCGUCCACAAAGCAGUCCGGGAUUUUGUGUCUUCCUGGUAUCGCACUCUUCUGCCAGAAGUGGAGGGAGAAUUUGAACGUGCAGUGCGUAAUUCCAUGCUGGAUUCAGUGAUGGAGUUGAAGGAGCGGGCCAGGCGAGUUGACAGAAAGGCUCUGGUCCAGCGCCUUUUAGAGGUGUAUGGCUGCCACCUUCAGAGCUACAUGACCGCCAGACACAUGCAGCUGGAAAAAAGGGGUGAAAACGUUAGCCUUUGGCAGCUUUACCAGGAAGUAGACAGUCCUCAUCCUGCCGUGAGCGACGCAGCCGCUGAGCUCAGUUAUGCCAGAGCUCUGGUUAAUCUCGUCCUACAUGUGCUUGUUCCGUACCCUCAGAUGGAAACCAGGACCGGAGGCUACAUGGUUACUGAACUCAUCACCUGCAAUGUGCUUCUACCGCUAAUAAGUAGGGUGUCUGAUCCCGACUGGCUCAAUCAAACUAUAGUAGAUGUCUUCACCAGGUCGCAAAAACCUCAAGAUACCGCCCUUUACGGGUGUGCUCUUCACGAUUCGUGGAUGACAUGCCUGUCGUCUUCGGAACAAGCGAGCCUCAACAGCGAAAGCAACUCCGAUCUGCUCAGUCCGAUAAGUGAGGAGGACUCCUCUCAGUGUAGCAUGCUGAGCCUGGAGACCUGUUCUGGAAGGGAUGAGAAUUGCCAUCCUGGUCUGCUCACACCGUGUAAGGUCAACUGCUGUUCCCUGACAUCUGGACACUUCUCUCACCUUCAAGAGUCCAAGAUGCACUCCCUGGACUCUUUGACGCAAUCCAACACGGAAGAUGACGUGACCAAACGUUUGUGCGAAUGCGGCCCCUCAACCAAUUUUUGCAACACGAUGAAUUUAAGGGAUGACGCUGACGAUUUUGGCUGCUUCGCACCGCUGAAAAAUCUGGGGCCUAAGGUAGUGGUGCCUGUGGAGUCCCACUGGCCUGCUGGUAUUGCUCAAGAGAAAUCCCCGGCAGGCCCCUCAAGUAGACUUUGCCUGAACCCCUUAAACUUUGACACUCCAACCAAACCAACAGUGGACAUCCAGAAUGUACAGAUUGCUGGUACAGUUACUGCAAAGGAGCAGCGUGGCACUGGAACACAUCCUUAUACUCUCUACACUAUCACGUUUGAGACGGCAACAUGCCCUGAAAACAGUGACCCGUUGCAACCUGCGACCUGUCACACGGUCAAUCGCAGGUACAGCGAGUUCCUCAACUUGCAGACACGAUUAGAGGAAAACCCAGAAGUAAAGAAGUUUGUCAAGAAUGUGAAAGGUCCAAAGAAAAUGUUCCCCGACCUUCCCUUCGGGAACACAGAUUGGGAGAAAGUAGAAGCCCGUAAAGGCCAACUGGAUACGUUCCUGAAGCAACUGAACAGCAUACCUGAAACAGCGAGAAGUGAAGACAUGCAGGAGUUCCUUUCGCUAAACUCAGGGGUUUGCACUUAUUUUGGGAAAAAGCCGUUUGUCAAGUCAAGAAUUGAUAAGAUGAUGGAGAACGCUUUAGACACAUUGAAGACAGCCUUUCCUCACCCCGAGGCUAUGAGUCCUACAGACGAUCUUGAGGGAGACUCUGACGGGAGAACACUGGACAACAGAAAGUACAGGAGGCUCAUGUUCCCAAGCAAAGUGUCUCCAUCUCUCAAUAUACCAGACCUACAUCCUAAAGUGACUUACUGCUUUAGUGAAGGAAGCCCUGUUCUCAAUGGCAUGUCCUUGUCCAGACUGGAGAACUUUGUCUUAGAGCAGGAAAGGCUUUUAUGCAAAGAGCAGGCUAAGCAAAGUGAGCCCUUAGGCACAAACAAAACAACUGGUGGGAAAACUCACAGCCCAGACACAGCUGUGGCGGAUGUUGCACUGAACAUUUUGUGCUUGUUGAUGAAGGACCAGUGGCGUUGGCUGUGCACUGAGAACAUCCAGAAGGCCAUCAGGCUUAUCUUUGGCACUUUUAUUGAGAGGUGGAUGGACGUCGGGGUGACCCAUCUUACCAGCGCCCCCUGUUGGGUGAUUUACCUCCAAGUGCUGCAGGAGGCCGUGUGGCCCGGAGGAACUCUGCCUGCCCAACCACAGCCGGAGCGCAGUCCCGCAGAGAGGGAAGAAACCAAGGAGCGAUGCCUGGAAUGUCUCAUGCAGCUCCUUCCUGAGCUCAUCGCUGACAUGUUAGGCAGUGAUAAGUACAGACUGAGCUUGGAGACCAUGCUGGAGUCUUUACAGGACCACCACAUUAACAAGCAUCUCAUUUACUGCAUUUGUGACCUGCUGCUGGAGUUUCUCAUACCAGAAUCGAGCGACGAUUCCUUCCAGAGGUCUCUCCUGCACAAUCUUUGCAAAGAUACUCCCACAUAA